AUGGCAACAACACAGGCAUACCCACCCGGAGGAACCUUCCUCGACGCCAUAAAGAAGUCCUUCGCGGACGUGCCGGUCGACAAAGAGAAAGACAAUGCCAUAGCCACCACCGAGUUCUUGGAGGCCGCCGAGUCGCUGACCACAUUAUUCGAUGUCCUUGGCUCCAUGGCCUUCCAGCCCGUCAAGGCUGACAUGCUGGGGAAUGUCAAGAAAAUCAGGGACAGACAAUUAGCGGCACCAGCCGAGUCCAUGACUAUCCAAGAUCUCGUUCUCAACGAGUUGAAGACCAAGAAACACACCGCCACCGAAGGCCUGGUGUGGCUUGUCCGCGGAUUGGAUUUCACCGCCAUUGCGCUCUCCCAGAACAUCGCAUCCCCGACCGAAGAACUCUCCGUCUCUUUCCGUAAUGCCUACGGCAACACCCUCAAACCGCACCACUCCUUCAUGGUGAAGCCCAUCUUCAGCGCCGCCAUGAGCGCGUGUCCUUACCGCAAGGACUUCUACACAAAGCUGGGAGAGGAUCUGGAGAAGGUGAUUGCCCAGUUGACGGUCUGGUUGGCGGCGCUGGAGAAAUUGCUGGCGAUUUUGAAGGCCUUUUUGGACAGGAAGGAGGCGAAGUGGUAG